AAAACUAUUUUACGCCAAUAGGAAAAGUGUAAGUUGAGAGAGAGAGAGUCUCUGCCUCUCAAGCUCCGCCGUCGGGAAAAAGAAUAUGGAAGCAGCUACUGUUCAGAUGUUUCAGUACUCAUCAUGGACUGAUUUGAGAAAUUUUGAAGGAAAGACUCGUGGUUCUUUGAGGUAUACACAGCGAACUAAGGAAGAUAAAAGGCUUAGAGUUGUUGCUUUAGCUCUUGACAAAAGAAGGGAUCAUCGACAAAGAUCAGUUUCUGAUAAGAACUCCUCAGCAUUGUUGGAUACUGGAAGUCUUCUUCAUUCUCCAUUUGAUGAAGAACAGAUUUUGAAGAAAAAAGCUGAAGAGGUUAAACCAUAUUUAAAUGGACGAUCUAUGUAUCUUGUUGGAAUGAUGGGUUCCGGGAAGACGACAGUAGGGAAGAUAAUGGCAAGAGCACUUGGUUAUACAUUCUUUGAUUGUGAUACUUUGAUCGAGCAGGCUAUGAAUGGAACUUCUGUAGCUGAGAUAUUUGAGCAUUUCGGCGAGAGUGUCUUCAGAGAAAAAGAGACGGAAGCUUUAAAGAAACUCUCUUUGAUGUACAACCAAGUUGUUGUUUCAACCGGGGGAGGGGCAGUAAUACGACCCAUCAAUUGGAAGUACAUGCAUAAAGGUAUUAGCAUUUGGCUUGAUGUACCUCUAAAAGCGUUGGCGCAUAGAAUCGCUGCUGUAGGAACUGGUUCAAGACCAUUGUUACAUGAUGAUGAGUCAGGGGACACAUACACAGCGGCUUUAAACCGUCUUUCAACGAUUUGGGAUGCACGUGGUGAAGCAUACACUAACGCCAGCGCAAGAGUUUCCUUGGAGAAUAUUACAUUAAAGCUCGGUUAUAGAAGUGUCUCAGAUCUUACACCAACUGAAAUAGCCAUGGAGGCCUUUGAGCAAGUUCGGAGCUAUUUAGACAAAGAAGACGGUAUGGCCAGACCAGAUGGCUUCUAGUUCCAGAAUGAUAUGUUUCCGUGCAACAUCUCAUAAAUUUACGCGUUCAGCUUAUUUGUGCCUAAUUUUGAGUAUUGUGUAUAGAAAUGAAUAAUACUCUGUUUCAUCACAUUGUCUUCUUUUCCUCUUGAGCAAAAAGAAGGAAAAGGAGUCAUUUGCAUUUUAUAAUUAGAUGGUAAGAAGAAGCCCAAUUUUCUA